AUGACGAUUGCUCAGUACUUCCACAAGGUAAAGUCCAUUUGCUGUGAAAUUUCUGAUUUAGAUUAUACUGCUGCUAUUGUGGAAUCUAGGAUAAAAAGAAUAAUUAUCCAUGGUGAAGAGGAAGCGCUCUACACCAACAAAAGUAAAGGCAACUUUAAGCAGCACAUUGGUGGUGGAUUUAAAAGAGAUGGUGACAAGGCGAAAGGUCAUCAAGGAGAAGGAAGUUCUCAACCAGGGGGAGCUUUAAAGUUUCACGGCAACCGUGGUCAGUCCAAGAAUAAUAAAAAAUUCGAAGGUAAAUGCUACAAUUGCGGAAAGAAGGGCCACAUGGCGAAAGAUUAUUGGUCCAACAAAAGGCCCAUUGAGAGUAAUACUGCUACUUCCAACUCAAAGGAGAAAAGUGAGGAUGAUUCGGACGCGGAAGCAUCUUUCGCUAUUGAGGAAGAGGAGAUAGCCCUCACUGUGAUGUAA